AUGUCAAUAUAUAUUUCAUCACGGACGAUCACAAUAAUAUUAUUAUGCUUGACACUCGUAUUUAAUGUUGAUUCGAAAUGGAUUGGUGUGUUCCGAACAGUGGAAGCAACACCAACAACCACUAAUUCUCAAAUCACGACCACAUGGAAUACCAUUUCUUCUUUCGAUCGUCAUUCUAUCAGCUCUACAUGGAAUUCUUCUCAAAACAACAAUCUUUUAUCACUUCCAGGAGAUGACAAGGAUGAUUAUGUCCAUCCAAUAUUUAUUUGUUUUUUUGUGUUUUAUUUCUUUGGAUUUUCACUGGUCUUUUGUUAUGCUCUUCAUUUACUUGGAUCUAAAUUUGGAAAAUGGUAUAAAAAUUAUCGAACAAAAAGGAAAUAUUUACAUGGAACUAUGAUUCGAAAUCGAACUCAUAGCAAUCAGAGUGGUGGAAGAGGAGAUAUUGUUACUCCAUUCAAAGUUACAAGUGUUGUUGAAUCACAUACAGGAAAUUCUAAUGCAAUACAUUCAUCACAAAACCAUCAUAUUGUUAAUAAUUAUUUAUAUCCCAUGAAUCAUCCAUCGAAUCAUAUUUUACAAAAUUUAUUUUAUGUUCAAAUUAUACCUUACUUUCUGAUUCGAUUUUUAAUUUAUUUUCUAAUUGGAUUUGAAUUAAUACCUAAGGAUUAUUUUGACAUUGAAAAUCAUUGGGCUCAAUCUCAGAUAUUUCUAGUAGCAUUUUCAUUGAGUGGAAUAUUAUUACACAAUUCCUAUUUUUUAAUUGCAUUCUUUUGGAGUGAAUUAGAAAGUUUCAAAAGAGGAAUUCCCACUCGUCAAAAAAAACCUCUUCUCAUUUUUAUUACAUGUAGUUUAAUUUGGUUUGGAGCUGAAAUUGCUAUGGCUGUUCUAGUAUUUGUGAAAUGUUAUCCAAAUUUAUAUUCACCACCUUCCAAUACAGUUUGGUUCACAUGGAUUGUGAGAGUAGAACAUGUUCUCAAUGCCAUUUUAAGUCUAGCAUUAAUGAUAUGGUUCAUUAUUUACUCAACAUGGAAAAAGAGAUCCAUGUGGAAUUUAAAUUUUGAUGAAGGAUUGAAAUAUUUAAGAACAAGAUAUUCACGACGUCAUCGUGAUGAUGAUUUACGAAAGAAGAUGACUAGUAAGACGAGUAGGAAUAUUGUUAAUAGUAAUAAUACUAUUAGUAAUAAUAAUAAUAAUAAUAAUAAUACUACUAUCAGUAAUAAUAAUAAUAACAAUACGACAAUGACGACUACAACUACAAUGGUUCCAGUGGAUGAAACUUCCAUUCUGAUACCCAAAUCUAAUUCUAAUUCUAAUAAUAAUACUAUUCAUGAAUAUCCCUUUCAACAGCAAGAGAAUUCAUGUCAUCACACCUCUCAACCUUCAUCAUUGCCACCAUCAACACCACUCAAACCAUUCUCAAUGGUGAAUCAUGGUAGGGAAACUCCUCACAAUGAUCAAUCUCAACAACAACAACAACAAUUAUUAGCAUCUCAACAUUCCAAUUCCACCUCUCAAUAUACAUAUCUUUAUCACAACAACAAUAAUAACAACACAACUCGUGGACCACAUUUAAUUACUCGAAUCGAAAAGACAAAGAAAUGGCUCUAUCGAUCCAUGAUUGUGUGUAUUCUCGUCUAUUUAUUACAAUCCUUGUCACAAUUAAUAUUUACAGAAAUAUUUAUUGCAUAUCAUUCCAAUGAUAAUGAGACAACAAAUGGUGGUGUUCUCAUUCUUUACAAUUCCUAUAUCAUUGUUAUUGGAUUAAUUAAUUCACUCUCUGAUUUUACACCCUUUCUCAUGUGUUACAUUUUCCACAAAUCUAAUGAAAUUGUAAAAGAUAUUGUCAGACAAGAUAUGAAUAGUAGUGGUGGUGGUGGUGGUAAUUACGAUGUCAUGACUCAUGAAUCAUCCUAUAAUAUAUUAACAGGAGAUGGAUAUUAUUUAAAUUCACAACAAGUAUCCACCGAUGAUGCAACCUCACUCAGAGAAGAAACUGAAGAUGAUGAUGAAUUACCCAUUCCAAUCAUGAUGAUGCAACCACAACAAAUGAACACCAUCUAUGGAUCUAGUAAUCAUGACACCACCAUCACCAUCACCACUACUACUACUACUCAUCACUUGAUUUCAAAUCAACAACAACAACAUGACCAUCCUUCUCAACUUGCAUUACUCCCAAGACAAGAAUAUAUUUCUCAUUUACAAGAUUCAUCACAAUUACUACUGAGAAAGACAAGUGUUACAUCGACACCCUGUUCAACAACCACAGACAUGUCCAUGACUAUUACUCCACAGCAUUUGAUGACUGAUGGGAUGGUCCAACACACUCAAGUUCACACUUCUCAGAAUUUCUUUUCAAAAUUAUUCAAAAAGUGGAGAAGUGAUGAUGAAAUGCUCGUACAAGUUCCUUAUAAAGAUUAA